GCUUGCUAGGAUGGGAGAAGGUGAUGGGUCCGGAAUAUACCAAAUCAGGGAGAUCCCGGGCAAGUGUGAACUCACCGGUCAACUUGGAUGCCACGGUGGCAUCAAUUAAGGAACAAGUGCGCAACGAGAUGCGAGAAGAGUUCAAUGCAUGGGAAAAGCAAAUGAACUUGCCGAGCUUGCCUUUCUCCUCGGCUACACCGGUCGACUCUUCUAGUCACCCACGAAAACAAGGAGAAGAUGAGAUACAUGCAGACGAGGAGGUUAGUAAUCCUGCACAUGCGUACUUGAGGGAGCUUGAAAAUCCAACACCUCAUGACUUUUCAGUUAUACAGGUGAGUUGCUUAGUUAUUUCUUUCGAUGGUGAUAUUGGUUCUUUGAUUCUGCUGUGAAUUUGUGAAGUUUGUUGUGUUGUUUCUUUAUAUUGGAUGAAGUUUGCGGUUUUAUGUGCUGUAAAUGUUCUUCGUUUCUUCGUUUGUUUCGUGUUUCUUCGUUCCUGUAAAGACUAGUUUCUGUGUUGUUUCUGUGCUAUUGUUGUCGUGUUUCUAUGCUGUUUCUGUCAUGCUUUUUCUGUGCUUGUUGCCUGCCUGUUUCUGUGCUUGCUGCCUGCCUGCUUUCAUGGUUGAUCUAAUGUUGUCGUCUGCCUGCUGUGCUGCCUGUUGUAAUGUUGUGAGUUGUGCUGUGAGCGUGCUGUGUUGCUGCUGUUUCUGU